AUGGUAGUUACGGCGCUAGCCGCGGACAAACCGAUCGCCAUCGUCAGCCAAAGUCAAGAUAUCAGUCCGGAUGGAAGCUUUUACUCGAAAUGGGAAACCGCUAAUGGCAUUGCCGUGGAGGAAGAGGGUGUUUUGAAGAAUCGUGGUCAAAAGGAUGCGGAAGCCGAAGAAGUUCGAGGCUCGGCCUCGUGGACCGCGCCGGAUGGUACGAGAAUCAAUCUCGGCUGGUUAGCUAACGAAAACGGUGCCGCGUUUCAAGGGCCGCAUCUGCCAACGCCACCACCCACGCAACCAAUACCCAUUCUCAUCCAGCGUGCCCUCGACUGGAUAGCCGCUCAUCCCUCCAAAGACGCGUGA